AUGAAUAUUUUCCGCAUGGCAGCUGAUAUGUCGCAUUUACUUGCGAUUUUCAUUCUCUUGGGGAAGAUUUGGAAGAGCAGAUCGUGUUCGGGAAUCUCAGCUCGUUCACAGAUUCUUUUCGCGAUCGUCUUCACUGCUCGCUACUUGGAUCUUUUCACCACAUAUAUCUCCCUUUACAAUACAAUUAUGAAGGUAUCUAAUACGUUUCUGAUUUCUAUAUAAAAUUUCCAUAUAUUCAGAUCACAUUCUUGGCCGCCACCUACGCAACAAUUUAUUUGAUGUUUUUCAAAUUCCGCUCAACAUACAUGAAAGAAUCCGAUGUUUUCCGAAUUGAACUUAUUCUUAUCCCUGCUGCUGUUCUUGCACUUCUUAUCAAUCAUGAAUUCGCGCCAUUCGAAUUGUUGUGGACAUUCUCGAUUUAUCUCGAAGCUGUAGCAAUUCUCCCACAACUUUUCAUGCUUCAAGCAACCGGAUCAGCUGAAGUCAUCACUGCUCAUUACUUGUUUGCUCUUGGAUCAUACCGUGGACUCUACAUUCUCAAUUGGAUCUAUCGUUAUUACACCGAAUCAUUCUUCGAUCCAAUUGUUGUUGUCGCUGGUGUUGUUCAAACAGUUCUCUACGCCGACUUCUUCUAUCUCUACGUAACUCGAGUUGUUCAAGUCAACAAAGCCAUGGAAUUGCCGAUCUAA